AUAUUUUAAGUAGAAAUUCUUUCAUCGACAUACCGGAGAAUUUCGUGUGGCAACACUUAACCCACGAUCACGUGUGCGAUUGUUUACGUCGUUUUAAAGGAAUGGUGUGGAGAUACGUAAUUUAUGCACAAUUAGGACGACUUACGAUGGAUUUUUCGGUUAGUUAAGAGACUUAUUUGCCUUAUUUAAUCGAGUUUACUUGAAGAAAAGGAAGAAAAUGAGCGGAAAAGACGUACAGCUAUCCAAACGCCUGUCUUGGCUACUUCGUCACGCCGCCGAGCAACAGGGACUAAAAAUGGACGACGGGGGUUAUGUAGAUGUCGCCUCCAUACUACGACUGAAACAGUUUCGUCGCUAUACCGAGGUCGAUAUCCGGAACGUGGUGGAGACGAACGAUAAAAAGAGGUUCUCGUUACGGGAAGAGAACGGGAAAUUACGCAUCCGGGCCAAUCAGGGUCACUCCGUUGCCGUAAACGAAGAAAAUCUCCUGACAGAAUUAGGAGCGGACGACCUGCCCGAAAACGUGGUACACGGCACCUUCUUAAGAAACUGGAACCGCAUUAGGCAAGAGGGAAUUCGUCGAAUGAAUCGCAAUCACAUACACUUCAGUCCGGGAUUACCCGGAGAGGAAGGGGUGAUCAGCGGAAUCAGGAAGAACUGUCAGGUGACCAUUUUGGUAGAUGCAAGGAAGGCGCUGGAAGACGGAAUUAAGUUCUACCGGUCCGACAACAACGUGAUUUUGAGCCCCGGCGACCAAGAUGGAAUUCUUCUGCCGAAGUAUUUCCGAGAAGCGGUGGAAGUUAAAACGAAAAAAGUGCUGUAUACGAUUUAAUGCGUAUACAAAAGCUAUGGUUCCUAAAUACAUAUGCGAGAUAACAUCCGCAACCCGAUUUUUAUUGGUCUAAUUAAUAAUCCGAAACAAAUUUGGCUAGAUUUGGGCGGUUAGCCUACCAUCUUGAAAUUUGCCGCGAGAUGGCGGCCUAACCGGCCACCUGUAGCCAAAUUAUCGUUUUGAUUAGACCUAAAAUAGCCCAAUAAGAAUCCGACAGUUCCUAUUUCAUUUGAUCGAAAUAAACGGUGUGUUUCGGUUGUUGUUGCCCUGUUACUAUGUCGCAAAAUGAAUUUCAAACAUCUCGAGCUUUACACUUUAUUUAAAUAUUUAAAAAAACUGAAAUAAAUUACCUUUCGAAUGCAAAAUGAAUUGGUUGGUAGAAAUUUCAAAAAUAAAUCAGUAUUAAGUAAAUAGCGACUGUAGACCGGAUGGCAACACGUUAAACGAAAUAGACGCCAACCACCCACGGGAUUUUUUGACAACCUAAAUAAUUUUAAUUAUCAAAUUUAACAAGAGAUGGCGCCUAACUCUAGUGCCAAAUUGCUUAGCAUUGAAUUAAUAAUAAUAGCAACAAUAUAGCCUGAUAUAAUUCGGCAAUCAUUUGGCUUUGACAUUUUUGGGUUCGGAGAGUUUCAAAACGUGAAAAUUUACAAAAAAAAAAAAGAAUCGGCGUUGUCUUCCAUUUACACUGUUUGUAAUCUCCGUUAUACGGCGAUAGAGCCGUUUUGUUUUUGUACACGUGUUUGGUAUUUACUACCAUCAGAGUCGAUAAAUAUACAGGUCCUUGAGUUUCCAAUACUGUAUCUCUAAUGCUACGAUAAUGUUGCGUCAUAAAUAUUUCUGCCACUUCCAGCGCUGCAAUCGCUCGACGGCGUAAGUUUGGCUCCAGCACGGGGAGAGCCAACUGUAAACAUUCGAAAUUCUUUUAAUAUAUGAAAUUUUCUCGUUUUUAA